ACAACAAUCUUACAAUCUGUGGAAACUUUCCCUUCUCCUAUCUCUUUUGCUCUCCCCCAUUUACUGAAAGUAUGUUUGUGGCUGAGGCAGUUGGAUCUUCCUUCCUUGGUGUGUUGAUUGACAAGUUGAUCGCCUUCCCCCUAUUAGAGUACGCUCGCCGGAAAAUAGUUGACAGAACACUCGAAGACUGGAGGAAGACGUUGACCCAUAUUGAAGCAGUGGUGGAUGAUGCUGAGAACAAGCAGAUCAGGGAGAAAGCAGUGAAAGUUUGGCUGGAUGACCUCAAAUCUUUGGCUUAUGACAUUGAAGAUGUGGUGGAUGAGUUUGAUACUAAAGCCAGGCAAAGGAGUUUGACAGAAGGCUCUCAAGCCAGCACAAGUAAGACGUUGAUACUAUCAGAGUGUAGAUAUCUUGUUGAUUUGCCAACAAAAAUGGGAAGACUAAUCAACUUACGUCAUCUCAAAAUCGAUGGGACUGAGCUAGAAAGGAUGCCAAGGGAAAUGAGUAGAAUGAAAAAUCUUUGAACUU